GCUCGCCCGCCGCACUCGCUGUGCCUCAGCGGGGACCUACUAAAGCUAUUUUGAAAGUGACCCCUCGGCCAGAGCGCGGGGAGGGAGCAGCGAGCCGGGCGCAGCUGUCCGGAAUCAUGACUGAAGAUGACGGAUUCCGUGGUGGUGGAGGGUCACGUCAAGUUGAGAGAUGGAAAAAAGUGGAAGAGUAGGUGGCUGGUGCUGCGCAAGCCCUCCCCUGUCGCAGACUGUUUGCUCAUGCUGGUGUACAAGGAUAAAUCUGAACGAGCGAAAGGGCACAAGGAGAGAAGCAGCGUGACCUUAGAAGACAUCUGUGGCUUGGAUCCUGGGCUCUCCUAUGAGGGCUUGAAUCACACCCUUGCAAUCAUCUGUCUUUCUCAAGUCGUGAUGCUAGGAUUUGAGAACAAGGAAACAAUGUAUGCAUGGGAUAUACGAAUCCGCUACAGUUUGGGGGAAGGGGCUGGUGUUUUCUUCCUCUCUUGUGCUGAAGGAGAGCAGAUCAGCUUUCUGUUUGACUGUAUCGUCCGCGGCAUCUCCCCGACGAAAGGCCCUUUUGGUUUGCGUCCAGUGCUACCAGAUCCAACUACAAAUCCGGCAUAUUCAGAAGAAAGAUUGGCUCAUGAAGCUUUGCAAUUAGAGAAGCGCUUGAGCUUGCUGUCUCAUACAAGUCGCCAGGGCAGCGGAGGAGAUGAUCGAAGUCUUUCAAGCUCAUCUUCAGAUACCAGCCACUCAGAUGUUAGUGUUGGGAGCAGAUUGACAAUUUGGCCUGAACAAUCUUCAGCCAGCACUUCGCAAGAGAGUCAUGGACUGGCAGCUGCAAAGGGCAUUCAUCUUGGAGAAGAAAAGAUCCAUCCAGAAGGGGCACGUGGCACCACCAAACCGCCUCCAAAGCCCCUUCGGUCCAGACAACUGCAAGAGAUAGGCCGUCAGAGCUCAUCUGACAGUGGAAUAGCUACUGGUAGUCACUCUUCUUACUCUGGAAGCUUCUCUUCCUAUGCUGGGAGCUUGGACAUCUGCCAUGGCGAUGAGUUUGGAUCAUUGCUUAGCCUGCCAUUGAACUUUCCUUCGGAUCAGAAUUUAUGUACUUGUCCUCACAGUGAGCCUCAGAGAGGUGUGGGAUCAGAGUAUCAGGUUCCCAGCUCUCUCAGACAUAUUUAUGAUAUACCCAGGAGUUUGUUACAGGCAGCUGCUAAAGACGUGCAACCCAAGAGUGCAGAUUCCACGCUACCCAAGGACCAGGCCCUGCCUCAUGGUGCUAAUGAUCCAAAACUGCUCCUUCCACACUUAGAAGCACAGAGGGCACCAGAGCACAGCCAGGACAGAGGGAGACCGUCAUCCUUACUCCCAGAAAGCACCAAAGACUCAAGCAAUGAGGCGUGUGUGGAUUUUGUUUCGAGGUGGUCAGAUACAAAACCACCAGGACAGGUGUCAGACUCCAAAAGUAGUGAGUUAGCGCCACCUAGUGGAGCCUCAGCUGACCCCUAUGACACAUGUAGCCCCCACCUUGGGAUGACAAGAGCUCUUUUUUCAGCUUGUCCAAUCUGUGGUGGACUAAAGGGAUCAGCAAUAUUACAGCCAGGAGUCUUACCAGCUCUACCAGGUGCUUCUUCUGUCAUGGCAGCUUCUGGGUCUCUGAAACUACAGAGAGGGCACAGUCUCCAAGCUGGUCCUAAAGUUGGUUAUGAGGUGCUGACACUACCUGCAGAACCUGGAACUCCUACUAGCUCUGAGGAGCCUGAAGGGGCUGUAGGUUAUUCAGCUGAUGUCCCUACAUCAGAUCGACCCCACAGUGAGACAGCCACCUACGUUAAUAUUCCUGUCAGUCCUACUUCCAAAAAACAACUUCAUUACAUGGAACUGGAACUUCAAGAAGCCAGCACAAGCAUAAGAGGGAGUGGAUCAUCCAGAUAUGCACAGAUUGACAUUGCAGCCACCGAGACAGCACACAAAGUGGGAACGCAGCAUGCGCAGUGCCGGGAGGAACGCUUGCAGGAGCUGGAGCAGAAGAAGAAAGGAGCUCAGCAGUGACUUAUCUAUGAAAGAACUUUUGCUCGCCAUAAAUUGGUACUAAUUUAAAUUCCAAGAGAUUGAAAUUUAUUUGAAAAAAAUACAAAGCUGCCAUUGCAUAUUGUAUUUAUACCAGAUUCAUUCCAAUAUUUUGAUUCCUAAUUGGAAAGCUGGUAACGUGGGGGGGGGAGGAGGUGCAUUCUUUCUUUUUUAAAAAAAUUUUUUUUGGUUGUAAAUUCCUUUUCUUUUUCAUAUGCAAUAGAUGUAAACUACCUUUUUCUAUCAGUCUAAAGUCAUGUAGGAACCUGGAACCAAUUCCAGUGCUUUUUAAAUGGUGGCAUUUUCUUUAAAGAAUUUGAAUGGGUGCAGAUAAGGGGAUGUGAGUGUGCGUGGUAUGUGUACACAUGUUUGCACGCGUGCAUAUGUAUGUUUGUAUGUAAGCACACAUUACAGAUAAAAUAUAUGUAUAUGUCUGAGUGUAUAAAUUAUGUAAAACCUUCAUUAAUGUAUUAAUGAAAUCUUACGAAAGCCAGAAAACUCAGUGCCUGAUUAUUUGCAGGCAUGGUUUUGUUCAAUUUAUAUGCUCAUUGAAGGACGUACUUAACUGUAUCUAGGAGUAAUUAAGUUUUAUACCUCACCAAUAUUUGGCUAAAAUUGCUCUGCUUUACAUUUUGCAGUCGUAGGGAUGCAUACAGGCAAGAGCACACACACAUACAAAUGGUUUAAUUUAAUUACGUCUGAAAAGCUAAGUAAUUUGUAGUGAUGUUUUGGAUGCUUCUGUUCUUAAAAGCCCUGUGUUAGACACAAUGGGCUUUGAUUUCAUAGUUGCUGUGUACCUGUAAUUUUUAUCAAUUCUUAUCACCUGGAAUUUAACAUUACAUACUGACAAAAUCAGAUGCCAGGUUUCUCACACAGAAUAGAUUAAAUUAAGUUAUUCAAAAGAAAUAGAGGUAAACAAACAUUUGAAAUUUGAAUUCUUUAUUUAUCCCUCCAAAGCUGUGCCUGAUGUACCAGCAUAAAAAUGGGAUUAUCCACAUUGACAUGAACACUUUUUUUUUUUUUAAUAAUUCUUUGAUAUAUGUAAGUAGCAUUAAACCAGUCCUGGGUUAGAGCAAAAUGUCUUCCAAGAUGUUGUGUGAGGCAGAAUUUGACCUAUAAAUUUAUCUGAUUGUAGCCUCAAUCAUAAUGGAAAUAUCAGACAUCUCUCAAAUUAAAAACAAAAAACAAAAAACAUUUGGGAGGUGAUAACUGCCAUUGUCAUAUUUUCUGUAUGAAGAAAUUAUUUAUUACCCAAGCUUAUUUCUGAAGUGAAAAAAUAAAUAUUUCUUAUGAGACUCUCAUUUUAAAAUAUUUCCUUGCUAUUUGACAAACAGGCCAUAGUGAUCUACUCUGUAAGCACAUGGUUGGUACAAAGGGAGUAGCACGAACUUUUUCCCUGGACUUGAAGCUCCUUGGGCCCAGGUUUUCUAGGGCCCAGUGCUCACCAGGACUAACCAGUGUUGUUCCAUCACAAGUUCUCCACUGCGGGGCUUGUAGGAUGAAACUUCUGUGAUGUGUUUAUUUAUAUUUCAUAUUUAAAAUGAGUCUUGCUAGCCUGAUGUACUGAAAUGCAGUGUUUUCCAGUUCCAUUUGUUGCUUAGCCACUGUUUCAGAGCUGUAUUCUGAUAAUGAAUAAAAAGUUGGGAUUUCAGAAGGCUGGAGUUUAGA